GUACCUGUUUGGAUGCAUGAUUGCAUGAUCCAGUACUGAUAUGUCUUCAGCUAAGAGUUUGUUGGAGAGCCUUGUUUUGGAACAUGAUUUGGAAAAAUCUGUUGGAGCACAAAAUGUUUUCUCCAGUCCAUCAAUCUGCCUGGUUGAUCUAAUAAAAGUUAUUGUUGACACUCCAGGCAGAGAUUUUCUGGAAUAUUUAAAGAUUUUAUCAAAAUUAAUUUCCUUAGCGCCACAGGAAUGGAUUAAACACUAUGUGUCUGAAAUUACCAAUACCUCAUCAAGUGCCGAGAACCUAUUAGAACAGUUAAUUUUAAAAGGUUGUGUUCCAUAUGUUAGAGAUCUUCAACACAGAAAAUGCGAAAAGAAAGAUUUCUUUAAUAUGGCUGAAAAAGCAGAAUCAGUUCUUGAAUUUAUUAAAUCUUUAUUAAGCAAAAUGUCUUUAGAUGAGGAGAGUGAAGAAAUGAAAUCAGUGGUUUCAAAAGCUUUACCUUAUCUUCUCAUUCUUGUAAUUGAACACCAGCACCCAGAUCUGUGGACAUCAAGUGUAUCACUAGUUUUAUCAAUGGAGAUGCUUGACAAAGUUAAGAAUGUACUUGCUGUCAACAAUAAUGAAGAGCUACUGCAAUACAAAAUUUCAAAAGAUCAACUUUCUUCUGUACUAUUCUUUAUUCUUAAACAUUUGAAUGACAAACUGAGGCGAGAUUCUUGGAUGUGCUAUCCUUCCCUCAAAGUAGUUUAUCAAUGGUGUUUAUUUCACACAAAAUUUCCAAAUAUGAGUGAAUUUUUCCCAAAGUUUCUUCCCACAGCUCUUUUGUUCAUUGAUGACCAUGUCUUAGAAAACAAAAUUUUAGGUGUAACUUGUCUGUAUCACAUUAUGCAAAACACUAGCAGAGAAGAGUUGAGAUGGUAUGGACAAGCUGAUGUUAUUUAUGAGGCUCUGAAACACCAGCUGUACACCAGGGAGGCAAAACUCAUUGAUCCCCUUCAUCCAGCACUACUCUACAUUUUGUCAGUGGUAGAAAAAGAUCCACAAUACUGCACUGAUCCCCAGGGACUUCAAAGAGUACCAACCAAGUAUGAUGAAAUCUUUCACACCAUUCUUACUGAUGCAUAUGGAGAACAAAAUCUGACACUGCGGAUUGCUCUUACUGGACAUUUGACAUACUUUGUGGAGAAACUGGGUCUUCUUACACUUAGACACACUAAUCUUCUCUUCAGAGUCAUUGAGGAAUACUUGGAAGUCUAUGAUGGAAAGAGACACUCAGCUAAACCACAAAUUCUUAGAUUGCUGAAGUCGGUGAUUAUAGCUACUUGGCCACGAAUGCCUCGUUAUGUUGAUUUCAUUUUGAAGAUCUUGGUGAAAUUAUUAGUUGAUGUGUCUGAUAAGGAUAAGUAUGACUUUGAACUCAUUCACAAUAUUGAGGAAUUGAGCACACAGUGUUUGAUACUUAUAAAGCAUGUCAACCUAGAGUAUGUAGAAAGGCAGUUACAAAGUAUAACAAAACUUGAUGUACCAGAAGCAUGUAAACGAACUUUAUCUGAUGCAUUACAGUUAAGUAUGUGAUCAGGAACUUUGAAUUACUGGACCAUGAACAUAAAUUUGUUAGAAAUACAUGUAUUUGAUUCAGAUUAACAAAACUGAAAAUGUUUGAAAUAAACUUAUUUUUCA